AUAAAAUAUAGUAGCAUAGCACACUGACGAAGAGGAAGGGGUGGUGGUGGAAGACAGAGACACGGUGGUAGGAGAGAGAAAGAGAGAGAAAGAGAGAGAAAGAGAGAGGAAGAGAGAGAAAUCAAAAUCGUUUUCAACCAAACACUAAAAUUAGUGGCAACCCACUCUUUAAUCUCUCUCUCUAUUUUCUUCAAUGAACAAGAUGCUUUCAAAGGUUUCAACAACUGCCAUGUCCUCUUUUUCUUCCUCAUCAUCUAGGUUUCUCAAGGAACUAAGCAAAUUGGAUGGUGUCCUUAAAUUAUAAUCUAGAUUAUUAAACCCCACUUUUUUUGGAUUUCCUCUCCUUGUUUGCAUCUUGAAGACUCAUAAUAUGAAGGUAAGAGCUGGGUUUAGUGUGUGGCCUAAUGUGAGGCAACUUUGCUUUAGAAAAGGCGUUCUGUAUGGAUUUAUGCGACUCUUUUCUACUCCAUUAAAAACGCUGCGUGGAGGAGCUAGUCGCUCACUCAGAGUGUCUCGGUUUUGCAGUGUUGUGAAUAUGUCUUCUUCAUUGCAGAUUGAAUUGGUACCUUGCCUGAGUGACAAUUAUGCGUACCUUUUACAUGACAUUAAUACGGGCACAGUUGGAGUUGUUGAUCCUUCUGAAGCUUUGCCUGUCAUAGAUGCAUUGAGUAAGAAAAAUCGAAAUUUGACUUACAUACUCAACACACACCAUCAUCAUGAUCACACUGGUGGAAAUGCAGAAUUAAAAGCAAGAUAUGGGGCAAAGGUGAUUGGUUCAGGAACUGACAAGGAAAGGAUUCCCGGCAUUGAUAUCCAUUUGAAUGACGGUGAUAAGUGGAUGUUUGCAGGCCAUGAGGUGCAUGUAAUGGACACACCUGGUCACACUAGAGGCCACAUAAGCUUCUACUUUCCGGGAUCCGCAGCAAUUUUUACAGGAGACACUUUGUUCAGCUUAUCAUGCGGCAAACUCUUUGAAGGAAGCCCUGAAGAGAUGCUAUCUUCUCUUAGAAAGAUCACAUCUUUACCAGACAAUACAGAUAUUUAUUGUGGACACGAGUACACAUUGAAUAAUACGAAGUUUGCAUUGACGGUCGAACCUGAAAACAAGGAUCUUCAAUCCUAUGCUGCCCAUGUGGCUUACCUUCGAAGUAAAAGCUUGCCCACAAUUCCAACCACACUGAAGAUGGAAAAGGCUUGCAAUCCGUUCCUCCGUACAUCCAGUGAACAAAUCCGGAAAUCAUUAAACAUUGCAGCCGCAGCUGAUGAUGCAGAAGCCCUGGGUAUCAUCCGGCAAGCAAAGGAUAAAUUUUAGAAUUUUUAUUUCAAGACUUGUUCUGUAUAGAGUAGUUUAAUCAAUCCGUCUGUGUAAUAAUGUAUGCUUGGUGCUUUCUUCUCUAUAUGAUUUCUGAAUUUUGUUUUUGAGUUCAUUUCGGAGGUAUUGGCAUAACAUGACAGGUUUAAAAAUAGCGA